CGGCACUCAUUUAUCUAACCAAAUUAUUAGAGUCUGACAUCGACUUCCACAAUAUUGUGGAGCAACCUUUUAGAUAUUUAUGGACCAAAAUCUUUGUCAUUUUCGAUUGAACUAAGAUUCAUCAUGGAAGUGGAAGGAAGAGCAAGCAAUGGGAACUCUCUCACUCUGAACCUCGAACAUGCUCAAGAAAAGAUUACCCCAAAUGAUUCCUAUGGCAUUUCUUCUGCUCAUACUACUGAUCGAGAUUCAUGGCAACAAGUGGGGUUGAUGCUGGUGAUAACCUUCAACUGUGGGUGGAUAUUUACAUUUUCUAACUUGAUUAUGGUUCCAUUGGGUUGGAUUUGGGGUGUUAUAUUGCUUCUUCUUGUUGGACUCUACACAGCAUAUGUCAAUUGGCUAUUGGCAGAGUUUCAUUUCAUUGAUGGUCGUAGAUUCAUCAGAUACAGAGAUCUCAUGGGAUUUGUUUAUGGAAAAAAGUUGUAUCACAUCACAUGGAUUUCUCAAUUUUUGACCCUUCUACUUGGAAACAUGGGUUUCAUUCUCCUCGGAGGCAAGGCACUUAAGGAAAUCAACUCAGAAUUUAGUGAUUCUCCAUUGAGGCUACAAUACUAUAUAGUGAUGACAGGAAUAGCAUACUUCACGUUUUCCUUCUGCAUCCCAACAAUAUCUGCAAUGAAAAAUUGGAUUGGAGCUUCUGCGGUGAUCACAAUCGUAUACAUAGUAUUUCUUCUAUUUGUUGUUGUCAAAGAUGGAAAAUCAAAUUUAAAGAAAGAUUUCAGCAUUGGUGGAAGCAAAGUGGAAAAGGUGUUCAAUGGUUUUGGUGCCAUUUCUGUCAUCAUUGUUACCAACACUAGUGGCAUGCUUCCCGAGAUACAGUCCACUUUGCGUAAACCAGCUGUGAAGAACAUGAGGAAGGCCCUAUACUCGCAAUAUACAAUGGGAGUUUUGUUCUAUUAUGGUGUUACUAUAGUCGGUUAUUGGGCUUAUGGGUCAAUGGUCUCCUCAUAUCUUCCUGAAAACUUAAGUGGUCCAAGAUGGAUCAAUGUGCUCAUUAAUGUUGUCGUCUUCCUGCAGUCCAUAUUUUCCCAACAUUUGUUUGCGGCACCAAUCCACGAGGCUUUGGACACAAAAUUUCUAGAAAUUGGCAAAACUAUGCAUUCAGGGAAUAAUUUGUUACGCUUAUUUCUCCUGCGGAUGUUCUUCUAUACUGGAAACACAUUCUUUGCGGCUGCAUUUCCUUUUAUUGGUGACUUUGUAAACUUGUUAGGUUCAUUUUCACUCAUUCCCCUCACCUUCAUGUUCCCAAGCAUGCUCUUUAUCAAGGUAAAGGGAAAGACAGCUAGGAUAGAGAAGAAGGUGUGGCACUGGAUUAACAUCAUAUUUGCUUCUUUACUUACAAUAGCAACCACAAUUUCAGCGGUUCGCUUGAUAGUUAACAACAUCCAAAAAUAUCACUUCUUUGCCGAUGCAUGAUUUGCCCAAUUCAUCAACUAUAUGUAUGGAUUUGUGCUAUAUAAUAAAAUAAAGUGGAACAACUAUUUUUAUAAGGAAAAUUAUUUAUUAGUAUUAAAUAUUUUGUAAAGCAAUUUUAUAUAUAAUUUUGCAAGUAUAUACCUUUAAU